AUGGCUCAUCUGCAGGCAUACAAAGUCCUAUGGAGUAUAGGAAUAGUUGCCGUUCUUUUGCCUCACUUUCAUACAGGAUUGUUGUCUGACUACAAAAUCUGUGGAGAUUCAGAGUGUGAGAGCUUGAUCAGCAGAGUGCAGGCCAUCAGGGACCACCGUGCUAAAGACUGCCGUUACCUAAGCUUCAGGCGAGGAGACACCAUCUUUGUUUACCACAAACUAACUGGAAAGAGGGAGGACCUCUGGGCUGGCUCUAUUGACAAACAGUUUGGUUAUUUCCCAAAGGAUGCAGUGCGAGAAGAUCACCUUUAUGCGACUGCACAGAGAGUAGUGGAGACCCAGCUGAAGUAUUAG